CUUGCGUAAUAAAAGUGAUUGCUUUCAGAGAAGAUGCGCGGGGGUCUUCAGACUCCUGGAGAUCCACCUAUUGGGGGCCUGCAGACUCCUGUAGAUCUACUUGGUGUGGGAGAAGGCGAGGAUGUAGGGAAACAGCAAAGCGGGUUGAAAUCCUCUCUCUCUACUCUCAUGUUUCAAGAGUGUGCGGUUGUAAACAUUAGCCAUGUUGUUUAUGCCAACGGGACUACCCAGGCUAGAUGUAGUGUAUCCUGUGGCGGUGAGAUUGGUUUGAGUGUGGGCCUUACUGUAUUGGUGGCUAGCUGUUUAUGGGUUUUAAUUCGCAGGAUUUACAGGCGAUUUGGUGUGAAUGUACUGAGGCAAGAGUGCAAGCCGGAGGCUAGAGUUGGUCGGUCAUUGCCCUCUGUACCUGUACCUGGUAGCGAUUGCAGACUGUCCGAUACUGGUCCUUCUGGUUUUCCCUAUUAUGAAAGACCGGAUGUUGUUUCUGUUGGGACUCAGACUAUACUCAAGUUUCCUUAUUUAUACGAGGGUGAAUUGCCCGGCGGACAGGAUCCUGUUAAGCAAGAAACUGAUGAGUUGACCAAAAUCUACGCCGAGAUUGAAGAAUUAAUGCGCCACGAGAGGAAGGAAGGUAGGGAGCAGGAGAUGCUGCAUAAUCUGAGGAAGGCACUGCAGAUGUUGGCCAUCGUAGAUGGCGGGAGACCUGAUAGUGGGUUCGAUGACCAAACUUUCAGGUCAGAGGUUUCGACCCCUGAUCUUGCUGGAGGGUUG